AUGGGAAAAGAAACGGCCUUGGGAGUAAGUCAAGGAUUUGGGCACGAGCUCAACCUUCUUUCCACCGAUCCCGACGAUGUGGCGGCCACCUGCAACAUCAUUUACGGGCUGAUGGCCCAGCAGCAGAGGGAUCACACCUUCCGAGAGCAUCUGAAACAAGAGGUGUUCAAGGCGCGAUCCCAACUCACUCAAGCCGAGAAGGAGAAGGCGCGGCUGGAGAUGCGCAUGGCUGCCAAGGAACGGGAGGUCUCCGCGCUGACUGGCAAGCAACUGGCGGAUGGGGAGGGGCUGAGGGCUGACCUGCGAGCCGCCAAGCAGGGCGCCGAGGAUGCCGGGCGCAAGCUGGUGGGAGCCGAGCGACGGGUCGUGCAGCUGCAGCACGAAGCCAAGCGGAAGGAGCUGGAGUACGAGCGACUCCAGGAGAAGCUGUCUCACAUCCUGGCGGACAAGAGGAAGAGCGAGAAGGCGGUGCUGGACAUGGCGGGCAAGGUCACCCAGCAGCUGGGGAUCGGUCCCGUGGGCGCCGGCCGGGUGGUCAAGUCCGACGAAGGGCUCAAGGCGCUCAUAGCGGCUCACGAACAGAAGCAGGCAGCACUGGAAAAGGAGAACAAGGAUGUCAAGUCAGCGCUGCUGUCCCUCCAGGCGGAGUACAAGGAGCUCGUGAACUCCCGACAGCGCCAGGCCGCUGCAGAUGCCGCGGUCUCCUCUGGCGCCGUGUCCAACGAGUUCAUCGCAUGUGAGCUGGGUUUGAGGGAUUGA